UCAGGACGUAUUGUGCAAAAAUAAAAGUUUGAUGUUAAGAGUUUCCAACGAGAAAAGAUCCAUGCAAUGAAACUACUCUGAGCUUGAAGUAGCACAAUAAAACCCUUGAAUAUGUUUAAAAUGGAAAUAAGGAUUCAUCCUAUGACCUGUUUUGGCUCCUCCUCUUAAAUCAGCGGCAAAUAAAACAGUUAAGCUCAAUAUGGAGCCGUUUGGCUGACAAGCGGUCACGUGAUCUCAGCCGAAGCAGUCGGCACUCUUAAACGUGCACAAAAGUUUCCCCCUUAGUGGACCAAAGGAACACACACAGGGGAACACAUGAGACUCCCAUCAUCCAGCUCCAAACUUCAAACUUCUCCGAUCCGUCUGGAGGCGCUCCACGAACGGACCUUGAUGCGCAUUUUUCUUUGACCGAUGUCAGUAGUGCUUUUCCUUCCUUACUUUUUCUUUUAGAAGAGAGAUUAGCAUAUAUAUUUGACUAUGGGGUCUCCCUCAGCUCCAGAGGAGAGAAAGAUUUCUGUGUGGGUCUGCCGAGAGGAGAAGCUGGUCCUCGGCUUGUCAAAGCGCAACACCUGCGCUGAUGUCGUGAAAGUGCUCCUGGAGGAGCAGUGCGCGCAAACCGGCCUUUCCACGGCGGACUCCUACUGCAUCGUGGAGAAAUGGAGGGGCUUCGAGAGAAUUUUACCGAACAAGACCAAACUUUUAAAGCUGUGGCUCGCGUGGGGAGACGAGCGGAAAAACGUCAAGUUUCUGCUGGUGAAAACAGACGCCUCUUUGGAGAACCGCAGGGCCCGGAGCGCAGAGGCGCGUGUGGUGCCGAGCAAGCAGAGCCCCUGCAUCACCAAAGGGUCUCCGAGGUCCAACAUGGCCUGCAUCUCGCCGGAGAAACAGCGUCGGAUUGUGAGGAAAGCUUUCAGAAAGCUGGAGAAGAUCAACAGGAAGAGGACGCGCGCGGCGCACAGAGACGCAUCCAGUGCAGAGAAGAUGGAGACUUUGGUUCAUCUUGUUGUGUCUCAGGACCACACAAUCCGACAGCAGGUUCAGAGGAUCACAGAACUGGACUCAGAGAUCGAAAGGUGUGAGGCAAAGGUGCAUCUGGACAGAAUUAAAAGACACGGGGUCAAUUACGUGCAGAACACGUAUCUGGGCGCAGUUUACGUCCCAGCGCAGGAAGGAAAGGGACUUUACUCACAAGAGACGUUUGCCAAACUUGAAGAGUAUGCUCGGCAGUGCGAGGAGGUGCUGAAGCUACAAGAGGACCUUUCUGAACAGGAGGCCCUGAUGGAUACGAUCACAACUCGCAUUCAGGAGGAGCUGAACCUCCGCUGGAUGCAGCGCAGGAAGGAGGAUUUGCGCAUCAAACGGUCCUCAUCUCUCUCCUCCUCCCAGGAAGACUCAGCGUCGCAAAGCGCGCAAUUUAUGGAGGAAGAGAGGAUCAAAACGCAGCUAGAUGCGAGCUUAUACAUCGGCCUGCGACUCAACGCGGAUUUAGAGGUUAUUAGGGGCGAUUUAGAGCUGUCCCAGCAGAUUGGCGCUGCCAGGGAGAAGGAAAUGAGGGAUUUGCUGGACAAAGUGAACAGUAUAGACAUGGAGAAGGAGGACGCCGAUGAAAAGACGCGCCACGGGACGGAUGACAAGGAGACCAUGACUGACACUUUGGAAGGGGAAAGCGAGUGGGUGGAGCAAGCGAGAGGUCUGUCUAAAACAGAAAAUGUGAACGACGACGACUCAGACACAGGCUUAAGUUCUCUGCACAGUCAGGACUCAGACGGCCUCCCAGUGUGGGAAUCACUGGUUUGAGAUUUUACAA